AACUCCACAUUUGUAUUGAGAUCUACCGUGCACCUAUGUCCUCACACAGCCUACAGACUGUGUAUGUGUUGAGGGGGGGGCACCAGUAAACAUUGCAGUUUGCAGUGCUGCUAUAGAUAAACUCCAUAUAGCUCUAGCCUUGUGAGUGAAAAGGGGGCUCCUUUUUUUGGGAUCUGAAUUUUAUAUCUGCAUAGCCUGGAUUGGAUUAUUAUUCUUUUUUUUUUCCCCGUUCGUUGUGAACCCCAAAUUAAGAGGAUACCUGUUACUUUCCCUUUUUUGGGGGGGUUUAAUUAAAGAGAGAGCCAUUUCAGGCGAGGGGAGCACAGAAUGACUCGAGCUGCAGAUGUGUGAGAGAAGCCGGGCACAAAAGGAUCAGCAACUUGCCCUGUUUUGCUCCUUAGAGGAGAGGAGAACACUGGUUAUCUGCUCCAGGAAAAGGACCAGAGCCUUGGAUUAAUGCGUAUACGGGCUCAACAAGGGAGCAGAGGAUUCUGGGUUACCUGAAGACGAGGAGUACACAAGUGAACAGGCCUGGAUUGAGCCUGUGGCAGAGGGGAUUGGCAUGGCUCAGACCAGCUUUGUGUCAACUCAUCAUGCCUGCCGGGUCUGAUUGCAGAAAGGAGCCUUUUCUAAAGCUCGCCCCGUCCAACACACGGAUCACUAUACACCACCCCGAAAAUCUAAUUUAUGGCUAUGGCUGUUGAGCUUGACAAUUGCAACAGCCAUUAGGGUUUUUAAUAUUACCUGAGAGCGCAUGCUUUGUCAUUGAGUGGGGGAUGCUUUUUGUACAGGCUUAUCUGCCAUGGUAAAGGCAUUGAAAGCAUGAGCCUCUGACAACACAGAGGAGGUCAUCGUCCAAACAAGGAUCAGCUCGGCAAACACUGACCGGGUCAGGAUAUCACAAGAAACCCCUUGGACAAACUUUUCCUUUCAGACAGGAUAAGAGCGAAUACAAGAGGAAAUCUUGAUUGGAUUUUUUGGUGCCUGGAAAGGAUUUACCACAUCGUAUAAAUCAGGGGCUCUUGAGGGAUUAGCCUGCCAGGCAACACACCUUCAAGAUGAUGCGUCAGUGCAAGUCCCUUAUCCACUUCCUCAUCAGAAUUGGGCUGCUGCUGGGUCUUGCUAACCCCUUGGUGACCUCUGCCUCAUGUCCCUCGGCCUGCCGCUGUGAUGGGACCUUCAUCUACUGUAAUGACCGUGGCUUAACUUCCAUCCCCACCGGUUUGCCCCGGGAUGCUACAGUGCUCUUUCUGCAGAACAAUCGCAUCAAGAGUUCGGGCAUUCCAGCAGAGCUUCGCCAGCUUGUGAAUGUGGAGAAGAUCUACCUAUACUGCAACAAUCUGGAUGAGUUCCCUACAAAUCUUCCUCUUGGGCUAAAAGAGCUCCACCUUCAAGAGAACAAUAUUCGGAUGAUUACCCACGCCUCUUUAGCCCAAAUUCCCUACAUUGAGGAACUGCAUCUGGAUGAUAAUUCCGUAUCAGCAGUCAGCAUAGAGGAAGGGGCCUUCAAGGACAGUGAUCGCCUGAGAUUGCUUUUUCUCUCCAGAAACCACCUAAGUACCAUUCCUUCAGGCCUACCCACGAGCAUUGAGGAGCUGCGCUUUGAUGACAACCGCAUCUCUUCUAUCUCGGAGCAAUCGCUGCAAGAGCUCAUUAACCUGAAGCGACUAAUCCUGGAUGGUAACCUGCUCAACAACCGUGGGAUCGGGGAGAUGGCUUUCAUCAACUUGUUCAACCUGACCGAGCUCUCGCUAGUGAGAAACUCUCUGACAUCGCCACCAGCUAACUUGCCAGGUACCAGUUUGGAGAAGCUGCAGCUCCAAGAUAAUCACAUUAAUCGUGUCCCACCUGGAGCUUUUGCCUCCCUGCGGCAGCUGUAUCGCCUGGACCUGUCUGGCAACAACUUGAGUAGCCUCCCACAAGGUGUAUUUGAAGAUCUGGACAAUCUCACACAGCUCCUGCUACGUAACAACCCCUGGCAGUGCACUUGCAGGAUGAAAUGGGUGCGUGACUGGUUGAGGUCGUUGCCAUCUAAGGUGAAUGUUCGUGGCUUCAUGUGCCAGGGUCCUGACAAGGUCAAAGGCAUGGCGAUUAAAGAUCUGACUACAGACAUGUUUGACUGCACAGAUACUGAACUCAUCCCAACAUACGAGACGAGCACAGUCUCCAACACUUUACGCCCAACACAGCCCCAGUGGCCCUUGUUUGUGACUAAAAGGCCGGUAGUAAAAGGGCCAGACAUCAGCAAGAAUUACCACAGCACUACCACCUCUGCAGCAGGAAAGUUUAUCACCAUCAUUGUGAAGUCCAGUAGCGCAGAUACAAUACACAUAACAUGGACGGUGUCACAACCCAUGACUGCUCUACGGCUCAGCUGGCUAAAGCUGGGACACAGCCCUGCCUUUGGCUCCAUCACUGAGACCAUUGUGCAGGGGGAGAGGACGGAGUAUCUGCUCACUGCGCUGGAGCCAGAGUCUUCCUAUAGAAUAUGCAUGGUUCCCAUGGAGACCAGCAACAUUUACCUGUCAGAUGAGACCCCUGUUUGCAUCGAGGCAAAGACUGAUUCUCACAAACCAUACAACCCAACUACAACUUUAAAUAGAGAGCAGGAGAAAGAGCCUUACAAAAAUUCCAGUCUGCCUUUGGCUGCUAUCAUUGGAGGGGCAGUGGCUCUUUUGGCAAUAAUCAUGUUGGCGCUGGUGUGUUGGUAUGUCCACAGGAAUGGUUCCCUUUUUUCCAGGAACUGCACCUAUAACAAGGGCCGUCGGAGAAAGGAUGACUAUGCUGAGGCUGGCACUAAAAAGGACAACUCCAUCCUGGAAAUACGAGAAACUUCUUUUCAAAUGAUUCCUAUUAAUCACCUGCCUGUAUCCAAGGAGGAGUUUGUGAUACACACAAUUUUCCCACCUAAUGGGCUGAGUUUAUACAAAACUCCACAUAACGAGAACAGUAUUAACAACAGGAGCUUCAGAGACAGUGGAAUACCAGAUUCAGACCAUUCCCAUUCAUGAUAUUGCGCAUGGACAUUCAUGAUGCGUGUGAGAUUUCAACAGAGUGGCAAGACUUUUACAAAACACUGGAUCUAUAAGACUAAAGAAGCAAUGUUGUGUACAUUUGCCAUAUAAUUUAUAUUUAAGGACAUUUUAUGAAGAUGGAGAACGUUCCAGUUGCAGGCCAUCACUGAACCACCAGUGGGUAUUGUAACUAACCGGAAUUCUAUAUUUUAGGGAUUUGUAGUAAUUUGUACUGUAUUUCCUUUGCUUAAGGUUAUUGACCAACAAAAGAAACUCUGUGUUCUACUAAGAUAUGAUGACUUGUCAACUGUGAAAGUGGGUUUUCAUUGCUGUGUUGAACAAUCAGACUUUAGAAAACCUUGUAGUAUAAGCACAGGUCAUUCUUUUAACUUUGUGGCUGUCAGAAAAACAAAAAGGCAAAAAAAUGACAUGACGUAAAGUAAGGCACAGCUGAUCAGCUAAUUCACAAAGCAGGCAUGUUGCCCUCUACAAGAAAGAGGAGUCAGCGGCUGUCUCCACAUACUGCGGACCAAGAAUCUUUCUCUAGUAUUGACCUGUUGUGGAAUACAAAUAACUAAAGAUGAGGUGCCAUGCUUGUUUUUAUCUCUGCUUUGUUCAGUGUGUUAUUUUGUUCUGUUCGCAAGGAGACGAAACACAGCAGAGCAACCCGAGCAGGGUUACAAUGUUUCUGAUAGGAUUGUAGGCCACAGCACAGGGCAGAAAAAGCACACCGACCUUAAGGGGCUCUCUGCUCCUCAAAACAAGUAGACAGGACAGGCUAACACAGAGGACCCCCCACUAACUAUUUGUACAAGCCAACAAUGGCCAAAUGACAAUGGCGGCAUUCUUUAGUACCAUGUACCAUACGUCAUUCCAGUCACCAGGCCAAAAAGACAAAACGUGUUGGCUUUCAUUAGGAUUACCACAGUGUCAGCGACUCCUUGUUAUGAGUAUUAUUUUGUAUUAUUUUCCAAAUGAACACACUUUUAUGUUGCCACAAUUUGAAGUUAACUGUUCUUUACAAUUGAAAACCAAAGUGCAUUGUAUGCCCUUUGGCCAGUCUUGUAUGUGCCUUGAUCCAAUGCUUAUUGUAUUUAGCUUUUUAAGAAACCAGUGACUUUUUUUCAUACACACUUGAAUAUGAAAAAUAUUGGUCAUAUUACAGAAUAAAAGUGGAGAAAAAUAA